AUGGAAGUACUGUCGCCUGCGGCCCCUACCAAUGGGACUUCUGAUCAAGCGAUCCUGGAGCCGGCGGUCGAUCCCAUUGUCGUUCUCGAACACAUCGCCAACCUAAUAGAGACAACACUCGGUGCCGCAAGAAGAGAACUGGAAGCAGUUGGCAGUUUACUGUCCAAAUCCAACCAUGCCGAAUCCCUCUAUCAAUGUGCCCGGUUUGCAAAUGAGCCCCAGAUCACGACUUUAUUUGCUCGGAAGGACAUCAGAGAGGAGAUGGUCAAUGGCCACGAUGAUACCCCAAAAAUUGAACAUGUCUUUACACUCUCGGCCGAACUCUCCCCUACCGAGACAACGGUUGCGUCCCUAGCCUUCCUUAAACUAUCUGGUCCUCUCGAUGCACGCAAACCGAUCGCGACCCAAAUACAAGUCUCCAAUCUUCCCGGAUCAUACGCUGUCAAUAACGACGAAAAUAGGCAUAUCGAUAAAGCCUCUCCUUACGAUGUUGUCUAUUCACUCUUACACAACGUCCUUAGCCCCUACUUUGAAGCGUACACCCGAACACAAGACUCAAGCAAUCGGAACUGGUACGAUGCCCAGGCAAAGAGCGGAGUGCCAGGAGCGAGGAGGAGGAUUGCGGAGUUGGAAAUGAGCCUUCUGCAUUUGGCACAGAACACAGAUAUCCCUUUGGUUCGCCUCAGCAUGCAUGAGAUAGUGAACAUGGCUCUUCAAGAGGCUAGUUCACAUGGAAGGACUGCGUCUUUGCAGGAUAUUCCAGGUCAUGUUCUUGAAGACACCACAGUCCAGAAUAGUCUGCAGGCUCACGUCAAUGGGUGGAUCAAAUCGAUUCAGGAGGUCACCAAACGAACCAAGGAUCCGGCUUCAAAUUCGGCUCGACAAGAAAUCAAUUUGUGGUUGUCAUUAGAGUCAGCAUUGAACAGAUUGGCAUCUGAGAUAAAUUCCGAAGGCGUCAAACUGACUUUCGAUAUCCUCAAGAAAGCGAAACGACAGCAGGUUCUCAUAAGUUUCGAUACGGACACUGGCCUCAAAGAUGCAGUCGAAACCGUACGGAACUACAACAAUCUGAUGCGAGACUUCCCACUCGACGAGCUAUCUUCUGCAGUAUCCCUAUCCAAAGUGGCAGAUGCGCUAUCCCAAAUUUUCACGCAUCUGAACAGAAAAUGGAGAGUCUGCAACUACCCUAUCAGACGGGCACUGAAACUUGUGGAGGGUAUUUCAGAAGAUAUGGACGGUCAAAUACACCAUCUUUUGCAAGGUCGUUCGAUAAUGUCCCUUCCAUGGCCCGAAUUUGAAGAACUUAUGGGAUCUGUCAACAUCAUCUGGGAUACAUGGGACGAACAGAUCAAGUCUUUCACCGCCGUAGCACGAGAAAUCACCAAGCGGAAGAAUACCGAGUUCGUGCCCGUGAAAGUCAACCCACGACAUUCCCAGACACAGGACCGCCUGCGAUAUAUCCAGAAGUUUCGAAAUGAACACGAGCAAUUGCAAAAGACUAUCAUUAAUGUUCUUGGCUCGAAAUCCGGAGCCAAUGGUCUGUCCCGCGCCGAAGACAGUGGAGCUGCGAUCAUUGAAGAGUUGGGAGGUGCUGAUGCGAUCGAAGAGGUAGCCAACGCUUAUAACAUCGUGCGUCACGUCGACGUCCUGGAUGUAUCCGAGAAAGGAACUGCAGUGUGGGCACAAGCCGAAGCUGAGUACACAGAGAGAACUUCUCGAGUGGAGGAUUCAAUUAUAGCACGCCUCCGUGAUCGUCUGGGAAAAGCCAAGACCGCAAAUGAGAUGUUUCGUGUCUUCGAGAAGUUCAACGCACUGUUAGUGAGGCAAAAAGUCCGCGGUGCAAUUGCCGCGUAUCAAACUCAGCUUCUGGACAACGUCAAGAAUGCUAUUGCUGCGCUGCAUGAACGCUUCAAGCAACAAUAUGGUGGAUCGGAAGCCCAAAUGAUGGCUCAGUUACGCGAUAUCCCUCCAGUAGCUGGUGCCAUUCUGUGGGUUCGCCAGAUUGAGGCCCAGCUUGACAGCUACAUGUCUAAAGUACAAGCUGUCUUGGGCGAAGACUGGACUUUACAUGCAGAUGGUCAGAAAUUACAAGCUGAAAGCAACAUGUUCCGAAAGAAGCUGACAACGCGAGACAUCUACGAGGCAUGGUUGUACGAUAUUCAGUCUCGAGAGAUCUCUGUUACUGGAAGACUAUUUUCAAUCGCUCGGAGUAGGGGCACAAAUACUGCCCUGGAACUCAUUGUUCACUUCGACAAUCAUGCGAUAUCUCUGUUCAAAGAGGUCAGAAAUCUAACAUGGUUGAAUUUCCAAAUACCGCAUCGAAUUUCUACCACAGCCAAACAAGCUCAAAGAGUGUAUCCUUAUGCCCUCAGUCUCAUGGAAAGUGUAGCAGGCUAUUUCUCAGCGGUCAGAGCCAUCUCGGACAUGCCCAACAUGGCACCACUGUUGGCAGGGCAUCAGAAGGAGGUCCAGCGUCUCUUUGAGAAAGGAAUACCUCUGAAAUGGGACUCCUUUAUUCAUUCAUAUGAGUUGCAUAUCAAGUCAAAAUCUGCAACAUCAGAGUCAGCUCAUGUACAAUAUGUACGGGAUUUGGCGUCUGCUGUGACAACUUUACAGAACAAGACUGCAACAGUUUAUGAAUUGGACCAGAGCAUCCAGCUAGCUUUGGCUGAAGUCAAGACAUGCCCAUAUUCAACAAAAUCCUUUCAAUCCCAGAUGGACCUAAUCCAGAUUGCUGUCGACAAGAUGAACCUGGAAAACUACGCAAACCUUCCUGCCUGGGUCUCGCAACUGAACUCACAGCUGGAUGAGAUUUUUGUUUCUCGGCUUCACCAUGCGCUUAAGCAUUGGACCAACUCCUUCAUUUCGUCUGAUGGGCAAGAAGGCAUGGUGUCAUCCAUUGAACCUGGAGAGGAAGCCGUGCUUAACGUCCAUUUCGCUCCAACGCAGAUCGAGAUCAUGAUGAACAACCAAACUGUCUUUGUAGAUCCUCCUUUGAAUUUCGUUAAAUCCACCUGGCUUAAGCAGCUCGAAGACUGGCUCGAUGUUCUUUGCCAUCUACCACGCAUCAGAGCUUCGCGCUAUCAGCUGACUGCAGCAGCAGGUAUGGUGGAGGCCACUCCCUUGUUCGAGGGCCUUCCUCUGCAAAACGUAGAAGCUUUGCAGGCUGCAUACACGGCCAUUGACACGAAAGUUGCUGAAAUGUCAGCCUACCUGGAAGAGUGGUACACAUAUCAGAAUCUGUGGGAUCUGCGAAGCGAGCAAUUGCAUGAGGAGCUUGGCGAUGAUCUUGCCCAAUGGCAUCAACUAUUGCAAGAAGUCCGCCAUGCCCGUACCACAUUCGACACUUCCGAAGGGCGCAAGACAUUUGGCUCCGUGACCUUUGACUAUGAGCAAGUACAGUCGAAGAUCACACAGAAAUACGACCAGUGGCAACACGAAGUAACCAGCAAAUUUGGUGGUAUUCUCGGCAAUCGUAUGGCAGAAGUGUUCACAGAUAUGAAGCGAGCACGACUGGAACUCGAGAAUCAAUCUCUCGAGACACAUUCAACUGCCCAGGCUGUUGCUUUUAUUACCACGGUUCAACAGUGCAGACGAGAUGCCGCAUUAUGGGGUCCUGAAGUUGAGAUCUUCCGACAAGGACAAACCACUCUUUCAAGACAACGUUAUAAUUUCGCGAGCGACUGGCUUUCUGCAAAUCAAGUCAGUGACGAGUGGGAUUCGUUCGAGGACAUCCUAAACCGAAAGAGCAAAAUUGUCGAAGACCAGACUGAAGCCUUACGAGCCAAUAUCAUCGCUGAGGAUAAAUUGAUUAGUGGUCGUAUCGCCGAUAUUGUUGCCCAAUGGUCUGAAGAGAAGCCAGUCUCAGGCUCAAUAGCCCCAGCUGAGGCUGCCGAACUCCUUCGUAGCUUUCAAGGUCGCAUGGAGAAGCUCCAAGGCGAAGCUGAAACCGUGUCCAAAGCCCGAGAAGCACUUUCACUACCUCUAAGUCGGAAUGAAGGCUUGACAACAGCGAUGGAGGAAGUAGGCGAUUUCAUGGCUGUGUGGACUGCCCUCUCAACUAUUUGGCAGAGCGUCGAUGAGCUCCGAGAUACUCCGUGGGCAAGUCUACAGCCUCGAAAACUUCGACAAUCACUCGAUGGCUUAGUGAAAAUGACCAAGGAGAUGCCCAGCAGAAUGCGACAAUAUGCGGCAUUCGAAUAUGUGCAAAAUGCGCUCAAGCAAAUGAUCAAGACAAACGCUCUUCUAGGCGAUUUGAAGUCGGACGCAAUCCGUGAACGUCACUGGCUCAAGAUCUACAAAGCACUGAAACCUCACAAACGAUAUUCGGAAGUUUCCAUGACCCUUGGAGAUGUUUGGGAUCUUCAGCUGGCAACAAGCGAGGCUACGAUCCGAGAAAUCAUUACCCAAGCACGUGGCGAACUCGCCCUGGAAGAAUUUGUGCGCCAGGUGCGUGAUACAUGGCAGAGCUAUCCUCUCGAACUGGUCAACUAUCAGAACAAGUGCCGUCUCAUUCGUGGGUGGGACGACCUUUUCACUAAAUGCAGUGAGAAUCUCAAUUCUCUCCAAGCCAUGCGACAUUCACCUUAUUACAAAGAGUUUGAGGAUGAAGCGUCUGCUUGGGAAGACAAGCUCAAUCGUGUACAUGUCUUGUUCGACGUCUGGAUAGAUGUUCAACGUCAGUGGGUCUACCUAGAAGGAGUCUUCACAGGAAACAACGAUAUCAAGCACUUGUUACCGACCGAGUCUAGCCGAUUCUCAAACAUCAAUACCGAAUUUUCUGCUGUGAUGAAGAAAGUAUACAAGUCUCCUUUCGUCAUGGAUGUGCUUUCAAUUCCUGGAGUACAGAAGUCUCUAGAACGAUUGGCAGAGCUCUUAAGCAAGAUUCAGAAAGCACUUGGUGAAUACUUGGAGCGCGAGCGGGUCUCGUUUCCUCGAUUUUACUUCGUUGGUGAUGAAGAUUUGCUUGAGAUCAUCGGCAACAGCAAUGACAGCACUCGUGUGGCAAAACACUUCAAGAAAAUGUUCGCUGGCAUUUCUGGUGCGGUCGUGACCGAAGACAGUACGAUAACCGCUAUCACAUCGAAAGAGGGCGAAAAUGUCGUUCUGAAGAAGGAGAUCUCUCUCAUCAAGCUGCCCAAGAUUAAUGACUGGCUCACUGCUUUAGACAAUAGCAUGAAGCAGACUUUGGCCGAGCUAUUAGCCGAAGCGGCUGUGGCUUUCAGACCAUUAUUCACAUCUCCUGAACUCGAUAAUUCCAAGCUCCACGAGUACAUGACUACAUAUCCAGCGCAGAUCAUGAUACUCGCUUCACAAGUUGUUUGGACCGACCUCGUUCGAGAAUCACUUGAGGAUGCGGGUAAUGGACUUGCUAAAAUCUACGAAUAUGAGGCAAGGCUCCUAGGUUUGUUAGCAGCGAGUGUACUGCAGGACUUGCCAUCGCUCAUGCGCAAGAAAUGUGAACACUUCAUCACCGAAGCUGUGCACCAGCGCGAUGUCAUAACCAAAUUGAUUAAUGCGGAAGCAACCUCACCUGGCCAUUAUAUCUGGCUGUUGCAAAUGCGCUAUUCCUACGACCCGAACGCAGAGCUGAUGUCACGGCUACGUAUCGAGAUGGCCAAUGCUGUACUCGAAUAUGGAUAUGAAUAUCUCGGUGUUCCAGAUCGCCUCGUUAGGACGCCACUGACCGACCGCUGCUUCUUGACUUUGACCCAAGCCUUGUGUCAGAGACUGGGUGGUUCCCCAUAUGGUCCGGCUGGUACUGGUAAAACAGAAUCAGUCAAGGCGCUGGGCCUGCAACUCGGCCGCUUCACCCUGGUUUUCUGCUGUGAUGACACUUUUGAUUUCCAAGCCAUGGGUCGCAUCUUCCUCGGAUUGUGUCAAGUUGGUGCGUGGGGAUGUUUCGACGAGUUCAAUCGGCUUGAGGAGAGAAUUCUGUCUGCAGUAUCUCAACAGAUCCAAAAUAUUCAAAUUGGUCUCAAGCACACCACCAAUGAGCAGAAGGCACAAAUCGAGCUUGUCGGUCGUCGCUUUAAGGUCAAUCCAAAUACUGGCCUCUUCAUCACCAUGAAUCCUGGUUAUGCUGGUCGUUCUAAUUUGCCAGACAAUCUCAAGAAGCUAUUCAGAAGUGUUGCAAUGUCGAAGCCAGAUAAGGAACUAAUCGCUGAAGUCAUGCUCUUCUCCCAGGGAUUCAAGCAAGCCAAACCCAUAUCCUCCCAAGUUGUUCCUUUUUUCGAGCACUGUGCUCGGCGGCUAUCGAAACAACCCCACUAUGACUUCGGACUACGAGCUCUGAAAAGUGUUCUCGUUAGUUCUGGCGGUCUCAAGCGACUUCGAAUGCAGAACGGAGAGCUACCGACUGAAAACGAGCAAGACUUGGAACCUGAGAUCAUUGUCCAAAGUAUUCGAGAAACAGUAUCACCGAAGCUCAUCAAGCGAGAUGUGGAAACGCUUGUAGAAGUUCAGACAGAGGACUUCCCGGGAGUCAACUAUGUUCCAGCCCACCUGGCAGCGCUGACAGAAGCCAUUAAGCAAGUAAUGGAGGAGCAAGGCUUGACGCAAAGUGAAGCCUGGAUGACCAAAAUCCUGCAACUCUACCAAAUUCAAAAUAUUCAUCAUGGUGUCAUGAUGGUAGGACAGUCGGCUUCCGGCAAAUCAACUAUCUGGAGAGUGCUUCUUCAAGCUCUGCAACGAGUAGAGGGCAUAGAGGGCGUUCAUCAUGUCAUCGAUCCCAAGGUCAUGUCGAAAGAAGCCUUGUAUGGCAGCCUUGACAGUACCACCAGAGAGUGGACUGAUGGUUUGUUCACUGGUAUUCUAAGAAAAGUGGUUGACAACCUCCGUGGUGAGGAGAGCAAGCGCCAUUGGAUUGUCUUUGAUGGUGACGUUGAUCCUGAAUGGGUGGAAAAUUUGAACAGUGUACUUGACGACAACAAGUUACUCACCCUUCCGAACGGUGAACGAUUGAAUCUACCUCCUAAUGUCCGCGUGAUGUUUGAGGUUGAGACAUUGAAAUACGCGACACUUGCCACGGUCAGUCGUUGUGGAAUGGUCUGGUUUUCCGACGACACAGUUACGCCCUCAUUGAUGGUCGACCACUAUCUGCAAGCAUUGUCAGUCCGCAAUUUCGAAGACCUCGAUGAUGAGAUUAAGGCCUCAGGGCUUUCCUCUCGUUCCCAGGAGACACAACGACACGUGGUUGAGACGCUACGAGGCCUUAUCACUCGCGAUGACUUCUUACUUCAAGCCUUGGAUGCGGCUACCAAGCACAAACACAUUAUGGAGUUCACCCCUGCCCGUGCCCUUGACAGCCUUUUCAGUCUCCUCGCUAAGGCAUGCCGAACGAUCCUCGAGUACAACGUGUACCAUACUGAAUUUCCACUCGAUCCUGAGCAAAUAGAAGCCUUCGUCUCUAAGAGACUACUUCUCGCUACCGUCUGGAGCUUUGUCGGUGAUGGCAUGCUGACUAUCCGCAAACAAUUUGGCGACUUCAUCAGUAGCAUGACGAACAUCGAAUUGCCUAGUCUGGAUGAGACUAUGUCUCUCAUCGACUAUGAUGUCAGUCUACCACAUGCUCAGUGGGUGCCAUGGCAAUCUCAAGUACCGACAAUUGAUCUCAAUACGCACUCCAUCACUCAAACCGAUGUGAUUAUCCCAACCAUUGAUACCGUCCGUCAUGAGGAUGUUCUUUACUCUUGGCUUUCAGAGCAUAAACCCUUGAUGUUGUGUGGUCCGCCAGGUUCUGGCAAGACAAUGACUCUAUUCAGUGCUCUACGCAAACUCCCAGAUAUGGAAGUUGUUGGUCUCAAUUUCUCCAGUGCCACUCAACCCGAACUGAUCAUCAAAACCUUUGAGCAGUACUGCGAGUACAAGAAAACCUUGAAUGGAAUGGUCCUCUCACCAACUCAGCUCGGCCGCUGGCUGGUCAUAUUCUGUGACGAAAUAAAUUUGCCGGCUCCUGACAAGUAUGGGACACAACGAGCAAUCAGUUUCCUGAGACAACUUGUUGAGCAAAACGGGUUCUGGUGUACUUCCGACAGAGCUUGGGUCAGUCUGGAACGCAUACAAUUUGUUGGAGCUUGUAAUCCACCUGAAGAUGUUGGUCGUCAUCCCAUGGGAGACAGAUUCUUGCGACAUGCACCAGUGGUUUUGGUUGAUUAUCCUGGCGAGCUCUCCCUCACUCAGAUCUAUGGCACAUUCAACAAUGCAGUUCUCAAAGUCAUCCCUACAUUGAGAGGGUUUGGUGAUGCACUAACUCAUGCCAUGGUCGACUUCUACCUCAAAUCUCAAGCUCGAUUUACCGCAGAGAUCCAGCCACACUACGUUUAUUCACCCAGAGAGCUGACUCGUUGGGUCAGAGGCAUCUAUGAAGCCAUUGCCCCACUUGAGCAUCUUUCCCUAGAGGGCUUGAUACGUAUCUGGGCCCACGAGGCACUCCGACUUUUCCAGGAUCGACUUGUUGACGAUGAAGAAAGAGUAUGGACGGCUGAUAUGGUCAGACAAACCGCUCUAGAACACUUCCCAACUGCAGACAUCGACUCAGCAUUACAAGGUCCGAUCCUCUUCUCAAACUGGCUGUCCAAGAACUAUGUUUCAGUGGAGCAAGAUCAACUCCGGGAAUUUGUGAAAGCUCGACUGAGGACAUUCUGCGAAGAGGAAGUCGACGUUCCACUUGUACUUUUCAAUGAUGUUUUGGAGCAUGCCCUACGCAUUGAUCGAGUCUUUAGGCAACCGCAAGGUCAUCUCAUCCUUAUCGGUACGAGUGGCAGUGGAAAGACCACCCUCUCAAGGUUCGUUGCAUGGAUGAACGGCUUGAGCAUAUUUCAAAUCAAGGUCCACGGUCGAUACUCGGCAGAAGACUUUGAUGAUGAUCUUCGUGGUGUCUUAAGGGCAUGUGGUUGCCGUGGCCAAAAAAUCUGCUUCAUCAUGGACGAAUCAAAUGUCCUAGACUCUGGGUUCCUCGAGAGAAUGAACACAUUACUUGCCAAUGGUGAAGUUCCGGGUCUUUUCGAAGGCGAUGAGUACUCUGCGUUGAUGACCGCGUGCAAGGAAGGAGCACAGCGCCAAGGGCUGUUACUAGAUUCUCAAGAGGAACUUUACAAAUGGUUCACUCAACAGAUUGUGAGAAAUCUGCAUGUUGUCUUCACGAUGAAUCCGCCACAAGAUGGUCUCUCAUCGAAAGCAGCCACUAGCCCCGCAUUGUUUAAUCGAUGCGUUCUUAAUUGGAUGGGUGACUGGUCUGAUCAAGCCCUUUUCCAAGUUGGAUACGAACUUACUCAAUCAAUUGACCUGGACAAGCCGAACUUUACAGCACCAGACAGCAUCACAAGAGCUUACCGUGAUCUUUCUCUACCUGCUUCUCAUCGCGAUACUGUCGUCAAUGCAAUGGUCUACAUUCAUUACGCCGUGCAAAAGACCAACGAACGUUUGGAGCAACACCAAGGCACCGUGACCUAUCUCACUCCUCGACACUAUCUGGACUUCGUUACUCAGUUUGGAAAACUCUUCAGUGAGAAGCGUGGAGAUCUGGAGGACCAGCAACGCCAUCUGAAUGUUGGUCUCGAGAAGCUUCGAGAUACUGUGGACAAGGUCUCAGAUUUGAGAGUCAGCCUUGCUCAGAAGAAGCAGCAACUGGAGUUGAAGGAUGCUGAGGCGAAUGAAAAACUUCAAAAGAUGGUUGCCGACCAGCGUGAAGCCGAAACUCGGAAGACUGCUUCCCUGGAAGUACAAACAGCCCUCGAGAAACAAGAAAAGGAAGUCGCAAGUCGCAAAGAGAUUGUGCUCAAUGACCUGGCUAGAGCUGAGCCCGCCGUUCUCGAAGCCCAGCAAAGUGUGAGCAAUAUCAGAAGACAGCAUCUGACUGAAGUCCGAUCAAUGGCAAAUCCUCCAGCUGGCGUCAAACUCGCUCUAGAAUCGGUCUGCACACUGCUUGGCAACAAGGUCGAUAGCUGGAGAAGCAUUCAAGCUAUUGUUCGAAAAGAAGACUUUAUUGCAAACAUUGUCAAUUAUGAUAAUGAAGCUCAAAUGACAGCAAAUCUACGACUGAAGAUGCGAAAUGAAUAUCUUUCUAACGAGGAUUUUACGUUUGAAAAAGUUCACCGUGCGAGUAAAGCCUGUGGUCCACUUGUUCAAUGGGUCCAGGCACAGGUGAACUACUCUGAGAUCCUUGACCGAGUUGGUCCUCUAAGAGAAGAAGUUGAACAACUGGAAGAACAAGCACUUCAGACAAAAGCAGAGGCCAAAGCAAUCGAAGAAACCAUCAUCAAACUCGAGUCCAGUAUUGCGACAUACAAGACAGAGUAUGCUGCACUCAUCAGUGAAACACAAGCUAUAAAGACCGAGAUGUCUCGAGUGCAAACCAAGGUCGACCGCAGCGUACGCCUACUGGAUAGUUUGUCGUCUGAACGAGUCAGAUGGGAGGCGGCUAGCAAGUCUUUCGAGACACAAAUCCAGACGCUUGUUGGUGAUGUCGUCAUUGCUUCCGCCUUCCUGGCGUAUGCAGGUCUUUAUGAUCAACAAUUCAGAAAGGCUAUGGUGGAUGAUUGGAUGCAUCAUAUGUCGCAGUCCGGCAUUCUGUGCAAGGCUGACGGUUCCGUAUUGGGCUAUCUGUCCUCUGCAGACGAGCGUCUUCAAUGGCAACGCCACUCACUUCCUGCCGAUGAUCUGUGCAUGGAGAACGCUAUCAUGCUCAAUCGUUUCAAUCGCUACCCGUUGAUCAUUGACCCUCCUGGACGAGUCACCGAAUUCUUGAAACAAGAACACCAAGGACGGAAACUGACUGUGACGAGUUUCUUGGACGAUGCGUUCACAAAGCAGCUUGAAAGUGCUCUACGUUUUGGCAAUCCAAUCCUGAUCCAAGACGCCGAAUACCUAGAUCCUAUCUUGACCCAUGUAUUGAACAAAGAGUAUCAAAAAACAGGUGGACGAGUACUCAUCCAAUUAGGGAAGCAGGAGAUCGAUUUCUCACCCAGCUUCCAACUCUACCUCUCGACCCGAGAUCCUUCAGCAGCGUUUGCACCGGAUGUGUGCAGCAGAACAACAUUCAUCAAUUUUACUGUCACUCGAAGCAGCUUGCAAACGCAAUCAUUGAACGAUGUUCUCAAGGCUGAACGACCAGACGUUGACAAGCGACGAACUAAUUUGGUCAAGAUGCAAGGAGAGUUCGACACGAACUUGAGACAAUUGGAGAAACGCCUCCUUCAAGCACUCAAUGAAUCACGAGGCAACAUUCUCGACGACGAUAACGUUAUCCAAACUCUGGAGACUCUCAAGAAAGAAGCAGCCGUCAUUACCAAGAAGGUGGCCGAAACCGAAGGAGUCAUGGCAGAAGUCGAGCGCAUCACUCAAAGCUAUAGUCAAAUCGCCAAUGCGUGCAGUGCAAUUUUUGCAUUGCUGGAACAAUUGCAUCAUCUCAACCAUGCUUAUCGAUUUUCACUGCAAUACUUCCUGGACAUCUUUAAUUUUGUCCUUCACCACAACCAUCACUUGACGAACAAAACCGACUAUCAAGAACGUGGAGAGAUUAUCCUGAAGGACAUCUUUGUUGAGACCUAUAGACGCACGUCACUAUCACUCCUACAAAAAGAUCGAAUCACCCUUGCUAUGCUUCUCGUUAGAGCCAUGCCUUACGAGCUCGAUCGAUCAGUACUCGAAUUGGUUCUUGACGACCCUCUCCAGUCUCGUGGCGGCAACCCAUCCGAUUCUACUCCAGAUGAUGUGCUAGCUUCUGUUCGAAGACAGCCUGUCUUUGAUCAAUCUUUGAUCGAUCCUUCAAGCUCAAGCUGGAAGCAGUUCAUGUCCGCUGAACGUGCCGAGCAUUGCGUCCCAAUUCUUUGGGCGGAGCAAGAUAAUGCUGUCAACGAAAACUUGUACAGAUUGCUGCUAGUCAAACUUGCACGACCUGACAGGUUUUUGCCUGCCGCUGAAACCUUGGUUGGUAGUGUGCUUGGUCCAGAAAUUUUCCAAGGAAGCGACGAUCUAGGUACCAUUGUUCAACAAGUGAGAAGUGAAACUCCCAUUGCACUAUGUUCGAAUCCUGGGUUUGAUGCGAGCUACAAAGUCGAUGGUUUGGUUGAGAAGCAAAAUGCAAGUUGUGCCAAUGUUGCCAUGGGAUCUGAAGAGAGUGUUGCAAGUGCCGACAAAGCAAUUACAAGUGCUGCGGCAAAUGGCUCGUGGGUGUUGAUCAAGAACGUUCACCUUGCGCCCCAAUGGCUACAGAGCCUUGAGAAACGAAUGUCAGCACUCAAGGCACACAGUGAUUUCCGAUUGUUCUUAUCCAUGGAAUCAAGUCCCAAAAUUCCAGUCAACCUAAUCAGAGCAUCGAGAUCUCUGGUUUAUGAACAACCAGCAGGUAUCCGUGCCAACAUGAAGGAUACCCUGACGGUACUUUCCGAUCGUGGAACACGAACGCCAGUUGAGAAGGGCAGACUGUACCUACUCUUGUGUUUCUUGCAUGCACUUCUGCAAGAACGAUUGAGAUAUGCACCGACUCUUGGAUGGAAAGGACUUUGGGAGUUCAAUGAUAGUGAUUAUGAAUGUUGUUCAUUCAUCAUCGACUCGUGGAUAGAUUCGAUUGCACAGGGAAGAUCAAACAUUGCACCUGUCAAACUACCAUGGGACCUGAUCCGUACUUUGAUCACAGAGAUGUACGGAGGCAAAAUCGAUGACGAAGGAGAUUUCUUGUUACUGAAAGGUAUUGUGGGCAGAAUCUUCGACCCGGCCGCUUACGAGAAUGACCAUGAGCUCGUGUCGAUCCCUGAUGGGGAGUCUUUGAAGGUCCCUACAGGCACAACGAUACGGGAUUUCCUGGGAUGGGUCGACAAACUUCCCGAGCGUGAGCCACCCACUUAUCUUGGGUUGCCUUCGAAUGCAGAGAAGCUUCUGUUGAUGGGCCAAGGACGUGAGACCAUCAGCAAUCUAGCGCGUAUUACAGAUAUGCUUGAGGAAGGAGAGCAAUCGGGUUCGGGAGAGAAGAGCGAAGAGUAA